AUGCAGCUGAUGGACGGGGGACCUGGCGGAACCUCAGCUCAGGCGGAGACCCGGAGCUGCGGCUGCGCUCGGCCGGCGGCCGGGAGUGUAGACCUCUCCAUCGACCUCCACCUCGGCUGCUGCGGGUCGGCACGCGCGCGGGCGAUCGGGCUGACGGUAGCCGGGGUGGUGGCCGGUGCCGUCGAUGCGCUCAUGCUGCGGCUGGCCAUGCGAUAUGACACGACCCUCGCGGAGUGGGUCGCCGUCAAGGGGAACGCGACGGCGGCCUUCAGCUUUUGCUUCCUCCUCGCGAGCUCGUGCUCCUCCGUCAAGCUGCGGCAGGGCAUGAUCGCGGCGGCAGCGCGGUCGCCGCGGCACGUGGCGCUCGCGGCCGCCCUGCAGGGCCUGGUCCUGGCCGGCCGGGCCGCGGCGCUCUGGGAGUGCUCCGCGGCGCAGGCGCUGCUGCUCAUGUCGCUCUGCCCGCUCUGGGCUGCCCUCUUCGGGCGGUGCGCCCUCGGCGACAGCCUCGAGAGCCGCACCGUCGUCGCGCUGCUCCUCGCCUGCGCCGCCUCCGCGCUCGGCAUCUGCUUGCCCGCCAUUGUGUCCAACGGCGAGCGGGCGCUGCUCCUCGGCGGGCUCGUGGCACUGGCGACCGGCGUGGGCCUGGCCGCGCUGCUGACCACGAGCCGCGCGACGGUGCAGCGGCAGGUGGACGCCGCGCUCGGCCUCGCGGUCGUGCUGGGAAAUAUGCUCGCCGGCUGCGCGGCGCUGCCGCCCGCGCUGCUGCACGCGGGCGGCGCGCUCGGCGAGCCCGGCCUCUGGCUCGCGGCGACCUGCGGCGGGCUGUCCGCCGCCACGUACACGAACCUCUGCGUCGUGCGCGCGCCCCGCCGGCUGACGCCUCCUGAGGUCGGGCUGCUGCUCCUGCUCGAGGCGCUGCUCGCGCCGCUGCUCACCUGGGCCGCCCUCGGGGAGCCGUUCAGCGAGCUCGACAGCUGGUGGGCGGACCUCUGGAUGGGGCUGGGCGGCGCGGCGCUCCUGGCCGUCGUGGCGUCGCACGAGCUCGAGCAGCUCGUGACGUUCCGCCGCAACGGCGCGGCGGCUUCGGGCAGGAGGAUCAGCAGAGCCUCACCGAGAGCCGCGCAUAACGGGCCGCGCAUGUACGCUUGUCACAAGUUCCGGUCGAUGGGGCUGAGUGUGCGCGUGUUUGAGCGUGGUAGCAGCGUGGGAGGGACGUGGUAUUGGAACCGCUACCCGGGCGCCCGCUGUGACCUGCCAAGCCUCGAGUACUCGUACUCGUUUGACGAGGCGCUCCAGCAGGACUGGGAGUGGAGCGAGGUCUACCCUUCGCAGGAGGAGCUCGAGCGGUACGCCAACCACGUGGCCGACCGCUUCGACCUGCGCCGCAGCAUCUCCUUCGACACUCGCGUGACGAGUGCCACCUACGACCCCGACGCGUGCCGCUGGGCGGUGGAGACCGACUCGGGCGCCCGCGCCGUCGCAUCGCACCUCAUCCUCGCGACGGGGAACUUGUCGACGCCGCAGCUGCCCGACAUCCCGGGCGUGGAGGGCUUCGCGGGCCGCACCUUCCACACCGGGCUCUGGCCGAGCGACGGAGUCGACUUCUCCGGCCGCCGGGUCGGCGUGAUCGGCACGGGCUCGUCCGGCGUGCAGGUCAUCCCGCAGGUUGCGCGGUCCGCCUCGCACCUGACAGUCUUUCAGCGGACGGCGAACUACUCGAUCCCCGCAAGGAACGCGCCGCUGGAGCCCGAGGCGCAGGCGGCCCACAAGGCGCGCUACGGCGAGAUCCGGCAGGAGGCGUUGGUCACGCCCUUCGGGAUCGCAAAGUACGGCUCGCCCUCCGUCUCUGCGUUCGAGGUGAGCGACGAGGAGAGGCAGCGCACUUACGAGGCGUGCUGGGAGAUGGGCGGGCAGGCGAUGCUCUUCGCGUACAACGACCUGCUCAAGUGCGCCGACGCCAACGAGACCGCCGCCCGCUUCGUGCGACAGCGCAUCCGAGAGAAGCUGGUCGAGCCGGCGGUGGCGGACCUGCUGGUGCCUACCGACCACCCGAUCGGAGCCAAGCGGCUCUGCCUCGACACAGACUACUACGAGACGUACAACCGCGACAACGUGACCCUCGUCUGCGUCAAGCAGACGCCGAUCCGCCGCAUCGACCCCGACGGCCUGCCGGCCGGCUGCGAGCCGCGUCUCCUCACACUUGCGGCCCUGAGUAGGCACCCGAUCGACGACCUCGUCCUCGCGACUGGCUUCGACGCGAUGACGGGCGCCGCGCGCAGCAUCGACAUCCGCAACUCGGACGGGCUCUCCCUCGCCGACGAGUGGGAGUCGGGGCCUCGCUCGUACCUCGGCCUGAUGGUGGCGGGCUUCCCGAACAUGUACCUCAUCACCGGCCCGCAGAGCCCGUCCGUCAAGAGCCAGAUGAUCCUCGCCUCCGAGCACCACGUCGACAUCAUCGCAGGUAUCGUGCAGACGAUGCGCGCCGAGGGCCACCGCUCCGUCGAGGCGGUCGCCGAGGCGCAGGAGGAGUGGGUGGGCCACGCGAACGAGGUGGCAGACGCGACGCUCUACACAAAGGCGUCGACGUGGUACAACGGCGCGAACGUGCCGGGCAAGCCGCGCGUCUUCAUGCCGUACGUCGGGGGCGUCAAGGCGUACCGAGAAGCCUGCGAGGACGUCGAGCACGACGGCUGGCGCGGCUUCCGCUUUCAGCACUGA